AAAAAAAUUGAAUUUGAAAAGAGUAAAGUCACAUUUUCAAUAAAUUUUGUAAUAUUUAAAAAAAAAAAAAAAAAAAACCACUUUGCGUGACGUCGAGAUAUACCUACGUCGCGCCAGUGAUAAUUCUGGCGGUGAAAAUGUAAAAAUUAAGCGCUUUUUUUUUAAAUUUUCCCGGACAAAUAUUUCCGAGACCCGAACUGUCUCUCGCUCAUCUCGCCCCCUCUCUCACUCGGUCUCUCUCUUCCCGUAGCCUUCCUCCUCAUCUUCUUUCCAUCCUCAUCCUUUCUCUUUUCCCAACCCAAACCCUAAUCCCAUUCCACUCCAGCCGACUCUCCUCCUCAGCUCAGCUCGCACAAGGCUUUCCCUCCCAAUUGCCCAUUUGUUUCUCCGACCGCCGCUCGAUUUUGUUCAUGUUGCGGAUGGAACAUUCUUGGAAGAACCUGGUUCUAGUGCUGUACCAACUAUUGAGAACAAAAAGGUUUCUGUUGGGACUUUGGAAUGGGUUCAAAGGCAUGGAGUUACCAUUUGAAGAAGUAGAAGCCCAUACGAGUCAAUCUAUUGUAUAUGUUGGCAUUGAUAGUACUCUUGCCGGUCUCAUUUAUUUUGAGGAUCAGAUAAGGUUACUUGAUGCCUUGGAACUAAGCAGGCUAACUAUGAAGCAAAAUCUCGAUGUCCAGUCUUCAAAUCCCGAUGCCAUCACUUGAUCUUGCUCCAUCUUUGACCUCCUAGCCACUUUUUGCCCGGCCGAUACCCAGUAGCUUGAUGUAUCAAC